AUGGAAGCAAUCAUGAAGCAAGUCAAACACCAAUUUAGACAAAAAGAUGAGCAAGAAGCAUCGUUAAUCAGACAGCUUGAAGUAGUCAAACGUGAAAAAGAACAACUACAACAAACAAUACAAAUUCUAUCAUCUUAUUCAGCACCUAAAGAAGAAGCAGCCAUCAGCUUAACAAUGAAGCAACCAAAAGAAGAAAUUCAAGAAAUAUCAUCCGAUGAAAGUCAACCACAAAUAGAACUCGAAAUAGAAAAACAAACCAUGACGCCAAACCAGGAGGAGUAUCCACCACUACAAGCAGAUCAUAAAAAUAUAAAGAAAUGGUAUGUGAUAUUCAACGGAGAAAAAAAAGGAGUCUACGAAGAUUGGGGAAUCGCCAAUUCGUAUAUUCUUGGAAAAAAUUUCAUUCAUAAAAGCUACAAAACAAAAAACGAAGCAGAAGCCGCAUACAAUGAAGCAUACAAAGCCGUAAUAAGAGAUAAUGUCGAAUGUUCGAAAACAGUCCUUCUUACACCACAAAAACAUGUAUCCAUCCCAAAAUCUCUUAAUCAACUCCAUGCUAAAAUCGCCCUCGAAGCCAUUCCGUCAACCAAAGAAAACGAAGCUAUGAAAAAACCAACUACCCAAAAUUUUGCUAAACUAUGGGGAAGCCUCGUUUCAUACAACGAUGUCCAUUCUUUAAUGGGUUUCUACCCAGUAGCCAAGCGCCCAGGCCCCAAAUCAGUUUUCAAGUUGUCUGAUUCACGAUGCUUCUUGCUCCUCUUUUUGUUUGAAUUGGUGUUUGACUUGCUUCAUGAGUGCUUCCAUUUCAAUAUUUCUACUGAAUGA